AGCUGCUAGGUCAAUACAGAUUACCUAGCAUAUUGUACCUAGAUCAUAGUAUACCGUAUACUUUCUUUUCUUGUCUUCUCUUGUCUAUGCAAAUGACGUAUUCCUAUAACCAUGCCCUUAAUGUUUAGCAUGUAAUUCUACGAAACCGCUGAGAGAUCCUCAGCCGUACUCGAGACGAGAAGUCUACGUUCCAUUGAUCCCGUAAUCGCCUACAAUAAUAGCAUCAUGGCGCAACGAAACGAUCCGACACGCGACUCUGCACCUGAUUUGCAGAUACUAGGUGAUCAGAUUACCCUUCAACCGAGGAGCUAUGUCGAAGCUCGCCGCGACGAUGGUCAAGAAGAGCCCUUGAUGCAUAACAUGGCUCGCUUUCGCUCAGAACCUCUACAAUUUCUUCGCGAAGUUUCCUUAUACGUUUCCGGCACAGGAUGGCGAGCUUACGACAAGGCCAUCGGUCAACCAAUAUUCUACUCUGGCUUCUCCGAGCAGAUGAAGAAUGCCGUCGUGUCCGCGCCUCUCUUGCAGACCCGAAUAUCCCAGCUAGCCGACAAGCGACUAGAAGUCGAGGAGAAGGAAGGUUGGCUUAAGAAAGAUGACAAAGAUUUUGAUAUCAAAAGAGCCCAGAGGCGGGCUAUCAUAGAGGCCGGCAUUCGAGAGGUCGCCGAAAAAAUGACGAACGAUAUGAUUUGCAAAUUCGAGAGUAAAACCUUCAUUAGAGGCGCAUAUUAUUUGGUUACGCAAUUGCUUACGAGGGCAUAUCAUCAAGGGAUACACGUGUCUAGUGAAGAGGUUUUGAGGUUACGAAAUGUAGCUGAGGUGGCAGAGGCAAAGAAGCAAAGCAUCAUUUUUUUGCCCUCUCACCGAUCACAUGUUGACUAUGUUUCUAUGCAACUAAUUUGUUAUCGGUUGGGUUUAGCAUUGCCUGUUGUCGUUGCAGGGGAUAACCUUAACUUUCCAGUCGUCGGAAGCUUUUUACAACACGCAGGCGCAAUGUGGAUUCGGCGGUCCUUCGGUAAUGACACACUUUACACGACACUUGUACAAGCUUACAUAGAUACCUUACUUCAAGGGGGAUAUAAUUUCGAGUGUUUCAUCGAGGGUGGUCGUUCGAGGACAGGAAAACUGCUCCCACCUAAGUUUGGUAUCCUUAGCUUCAUCCUCGACAGUCUCUUAUCGGGCCGGGUGGAAGAUGCCAUCAUAUGCCCAGUGAGCACUCAGUACGACAAAGUUAUCGAGACAGAGGGCUACGUCACAGAGCUUCUAGGUGUUCCUAAAAAGAAAGAGAAUCUGGCCGACUUUUUGAGUGGCGGAUCAUCCGUCUUGUCUUUGCGACUGGGAAGGGUUGACGUUCGUUUCCAUGAGCCUUGGAGCUUACGUAAAUACAUUGACGAGCAGUUGGCGAAACUCUCUAUAUCGCCUGACACUUUACGAUUAGAUGCCAAGAGUCCAGAAAAUGCCUCUGUCAAACAGAAGCUGCUAAGAAUCAUGGGAUACAAAGUUUUGUCGGAUAUCAAUGACGUGUCCGUGGUAAUGCCCACGGCUUUGAUUGGAACCGUGUUGCUUACCUUAAGAGGUCGUGGUGUAGGAAUGUCAGAACUUAUGAGGCGGAUCGAAUGGCUCAUCGCUCGCGUGGGGGCAAAGGGGGGACGCGUUGCCCACUUUGGAAAUGCCCCCCUAUCUGACGUCGUGGAACGAGGGUUGGAUGUACUCGGAAAAGACCUUGUUGGCGUAGUUCAAGGACUAGCAGAGCCAACUUACUAUGCCGUGGACAGAUUUCAGCUCUCAUUUUAUCGCAAUAUGACGAUUCACCUAUUUAUCUCGGAAGCGCUCAUUAGCGCCAGCAUGUAUACGCGUGUGAAGUUAGGUGGCGGCCCCGCUCACCAGGAAAUAUCUUAUAGCACGUUACGGGAGCAAGUACUAUUCCUCUCGUCAUUAUUCCGUGGGGAGUUCAUCUUCCCGGGUGAAGGAUUAGCAGCAAAUUUAGAGAAAACGUUAGUUGGAUUGGAAAACGACCGUGUACUAGACCUUAAGAGAGACGAGCAAGGAAAUAUAUUGAGCAUCGGGCUUGCAAAUGAAGAAAGAGCCGCCGGGAGAGAAAACUACGACUUCUACUGCUUUUUAAUCUGGCCAUUUAUCGAGUCUACCUGGCUUGCCGCUGUUUCUCUUAUGGGACUUACCCCUCCUCUCGAACAGAAAGACGGCGACGCUAUUUGGAUUGAUGUCGCAAAGGCGCAAAACACUGCGCAACUACUUGGCAAAACUCUUUACCACCAGGGCGACCUAAGUUAUUUCGAAGCCGUGAAUAAGGAAACGCUAAAGAAUUCGUAUCAGCGUUUUGAAGAGGAAGGCAUCAUUUACGUGGUAAAAUCGAAAGACUCGAAAACACCGCCUCGCUUACGCCUCGCGUCUGAGUGGAUGCCCUCUCGCGACUCGACGAAGUCCGGCGCACUACAACCAUCGGGUAGACUUUGGAACUUCAUCGAACGCAUCGCCCCGAGCAGACGAGAAGGCAAGAACCGGCGAGACGGUGCGACUGUCAGUACUCGUGUGUUGAGACUGGCGGAUACCCUGGGGGCGGAGCUGUUCAAAGAAGCAACUAGUCCGGAAAACAAAGCCGAGGCCAUGUUGAAUGACGAAGAAGCGGCAAGGCUCAAGAAGGCCAUCAAAACGGAGAGAAGGAGAAGGAGGUUGGAGGGCAGAGCCCAUUUGUGAUUGAUGCGCUGCUUUGCAAAUACCGACCGC